AACCUAUCUACUAGUUCUCCGCUCCCGCUCUACUCUUUUCUCGCUUUCAACAGGCGUGGGGCUGCAGAGAGACUCUGCUGGAGUUGGGGAGCGAGAGGAGAAAAUUUCUGCGCUCGUUCGUGUUUUUGACGGUUUCAAUGGGGUUUUUGAAGGUUUGGAUUCUUUUGAUCCUUUUUGCGAUGGUGAUUGCUGGGAUCAGAUCGGAGGACGAGGCGAUGGCUGUUCAUGUUGAUGAUGUUGUGGGAGCAGAGGAGUCGGAUUCGGCGCUUAAGCUUGAGAUCGAGCAUCUCAAGUCGAAGAUCUCUUCGCUAGAGACUUCAACUUUGGAGAAAGCGAGAGAGUUGAAAAACAAGGAUGAGACGAUUGAGCAGUUGGAGAGGGGCAUUCAGGAGAAGUCCGCUAGUAUUGCAUCGCUGCUGAGCGAGAUAGAACUAUUGCAGAAAAAGGGGGCUGUGGAUGUAGAGGAAUUGGUGGGAAAAGCCUAUGAACGUUCAAAUGAACUUGAGAUGCAGGUUGAGAAGCUUAAAAAUGAAAUAGAGGAGCAAACGAAUCAGAGAAUUGCCUCGGAAGCAAGAACUGUGGAAGCAGAAAAGAAGGUGCAAGAAUUGAAUCUGAAAUUGGAGAGUCUUGAGAAAACAAAUGAUGAGCAGAAGCUUAAAAUUCAGAAGACAGAACGUGCUAUUCAAGUGGUUGAGGAGGAGUUGAUGAGGGUGCAAUUGGAACAAAUUUCCAAGUUAAAGGACUUAAAAGAGGUUCAUGGAGCAUGGCUGCCACCUUGGCUUUCAAAUCAUAUUGCUCGGUAUCAGGAAAUUGUAGCAGUCCACUGGAGUGAGCAUGGAGAGCCUAUUUUUAAUGUUUUAGUGCAGAAGAUUUCAGAGAGAUCAGGCCAGACACAGAAGUGGCUUAAACCACAUUUGGAAACUGCAAAAACAAAGUGGAUCCCUAUUGUGAAGACAAAAUGGAUAGUAUUUUCAACAAAUAUUAAACCUCGCAUUGAAAGGGUAUCUACAAAAACAGUCGAAGUAAUUGAAGUAUGCAGAAGUACUGCCACACCACAUAUUGUUAAGCUCCAAGAGAUUUCUGAUCCUUACAUUCAGGAAUUAAGUAAGUUUUCAACGCCAUAUAUUGAGCAAGUAGCUACUGUAACCAAGCCUCAUGUUGAGAAAGCACGUACUUAUUUAAAGCCUUACACAAGAAGGGUUCUUUAUGGCUAUGGGAAGUUUCUAGAAACUGCCGGAACAUAUCAUCAUCAGAUUCAAGAAACUCUUCAGCAGAAUCUUAAGAAAUAUGAAUUGACCAGGCAUCUGGCAACUAAAGAGCUGGUUUGGUUUGUGGCAUCGGGUUUGUUGGCACUGCCGAUAUUUCUGGCUUACAGGAUGUUGUCAUCCACUUUUAGCAGUAAAAAGGCUACAAAAGCUGUUCGGGGUGGUCGUUCACAUAACAACAGUCGUAGACAUAAGCGAAGGCAUGCAGAUCAAUAAAAAAAUGCUGUAUACUUGGAUGUUAUUGCUGUAUCUAUGAGGAGGAAGACGAUACCAAAUUCUUCAGACUACAGGUUCUGAGGGAUAGAGUUUGAAGGAACUAUAAAGUUUUUUUUUGUGGCUUUACCCCUUCGUUAUCUUUGUUAAUUUGUGCCGUAUAUUUGUUUACCAAGGACUUGCAGUUAAGGUAUAUAUUACUGCUCUAUGAAAAAUAAUUAGAAAAUAAGCUAUAUUUCUGUUCUAACAUAGAACAUAGCAGA